UACAAAAGCAAAGGGUGCGAGGGGGACUCGGGAUCAGAUCUGCGCGUCCACUUGUUGUGUUUGCAUCGUUUCGCCGUCGCUCCAUUUAAAGAGACAACAGCAUGGCGCGCGCCGCUCUGGUCAGGCGCGAGUCAGUGGAAACCGAGAUGCACAAGUCCGAAGACAAAGGCAGAACCUUCGUUUACACCAAGAAGAGGGGCUACGACGUCACCCGAAACCCCCUCUUGAACAAGGGCAUCGCUUUCUCCCUGGAGGAGCGUCUCCAGCUGGGGAUCCACGGCCUGCUGCCUCCCUGCUUCAACAGCCAGGACCUCCAGCUGCAGCGGGUGCUCAAGAACUACGACAUGAAGAGGGAUGAACUGGACCGAUAUGUGUUUCUGAUGGGGCUUCAGGACCGCAGCGAGAAACUGUUUUACCGGGUGCUGUUGUCGGACAUCGAGAGGUUCAUGCCCAUCAUUUACACCCCCACGGUGGGCCUGGCCUGCCAGCAAUACGGGCUGAUAUUCAGAAGACCAAGGGGGCUGUUCAUCACCAUUCAUGACCGUGGCCACAUUUCUACACUGCUCCAGAACUGGCCAGAGAAGGACAUCAGGGCGGUGUGUGUGACGGACGGGGAGAGGAUCCUGGGGCUGGGGGACCUUGGCUGCUGUGGGAUGGGCAUCCCUGUGGGCAAGCUGGCGCUCUACACGGCCUGUGGAGGUGUCCCGCCCCAGCAGUGCCUGCCCGUCAUGCUGGAUGUGGGCACAGACAACGAGGUGCUGCUGAAGGACCCACUCUACAUCGGGCUGAGACACAAGAGAGUGCGAGGACGGGCCUACGAUGACCUUCUGGAUGAAUUCAUGGCGGCCGUCUCUGACAGGUAUGGAAUGGACUGCCUGAUUCAAUUUGAGGACUUUGCAAACGCAAAUGCUUUCCGGCUGCUGAGCAAGUACCGCAACAAGUACUGCACAUUCAACGAUGACAUCCAAGGCACAGCUGCAGUGGCGGUAGCCGGGCUCCUGGCCGCUCUGCGCAUCACCAAGACCAAGAUGUGCGACCACACCAUUGUAUUCCAAGGUGCAGGAGAGGCAGCGAUGGGGAUUGCUGAGCUGAUCGCCAUGGCCAUGGAAAAAGAGGGACUCGCUAAGGACGAGUGUUUGAAAAAGAUCUGGAUGGUCGAUUCCAAGGGUCUCAUUGUCCAGGGUCGGGACCAGCUGACUCACGAGAAGCAGAUGUUUGCUCAUAAGCACCCACAGAUGAAGAAACUGGAGGAUGUGGUUCGGGAACUGAAACCUACAGCGAUCAUUGGUGCGGCGGCCAUCCCCGGUGCCUUCACCCAGCAGGUCAUCAGAGACAUGGCUUCCUUCAAUGAACGGCCGAUCAUCUUUGCCCUCAGCAACCCGACCAGCAAAGCAGAGUGCACCGCCGAGCAGUGUUACACCCUCACAGAGGGCCGGGGCAUCUUCGCCAGCGGCAGCCCAUUUGACCCGGUCACCCUGUCCGAUGGGAGGACCUUCUUCCCCGGUCAGGGGAACAACGCCUACAUCUUCCCCGGUGUGGGCCUGGCUGUCACCGCCUGCGCCGUCCGUCAUAUCAGUGAGGAAGUCUUCCUCACUGCAGCAGAGGCUCUCGCGCAGCAGGUGACAGAGAAGGACCUGGCGGAGGGAAGGCUGUAUCCUCCUCUCGGCUCCAUCAGGGACGUCUCUCUCAAGCUGGCUGUCAAGGUCAUGGAGUACGCCUACGAGCACAACAUGGCGGCACUUCGCCCCGAGCCGUCCGACAAGGAGGCCUAUGUGCACUCGCUCACCUACAGCACUGACUAUGAGGAGUUUGCUGUGGACUCGUACCGCUGGCCGGAGGACAGCACGGCUGUGCAGACAUGCAAACUUUGAUGCACCGGACGGCGACCCAGGAGCCCCGGAGGGGAACGCCAACUGACACGCUACAUCAUCACGACACAUGACAUUGGGAUACGAAAGGGUCUGUCUGCAGAUGUUCCUCUUUCAUGCUGUAUUUAUAUCAUGUGAAAUGCAAAUCAGAAAGAAAUUUGAAGAAUUUAUUAAAUAUUGCACUAAUGGUUGUUGUCACUUCACAUUUUAGGAGGUCCUUCACAGGAUACUUUUAAUUCAGCUGUGAGAGCUUCUUUAUGAUUGUCAGCUAUAAUCCAAAAAUUCUUUGUCAAAUAAAAAUGGUUUUGAUUGAUAUCUGACUGAAAUUCUUAAUGGAAAAA